GGUCAAAACUUUACCCCCACUAAAUAUCCACAAACAUGUCUUCGAGCAACUACAACGCUGUGUCAAGCCAGGCUGCGAGUGAAAGCACUCCUGCCAUCCCAUUGAUGAUGUCGAGCAUGGGGACGACCUUUGCUCCGAUCACUACUGUAGGAUCAAUUGGCAUGAUCCCAAUCAUGUCAACCCCAACUCCUACGCCGACGACAACAAUGUUCCCAGGCUCGAUAACAACGCCUGGUGGAGCAUUCACACCAUACCCGUCAGCUUGGGCUCAGUUUGCUGCUGACCCGGCAAAUGCUCAGGCUCUACAGGGCUAUCAACAGGUGAUGGCCAUGAUGCAACAGGCAGGUGGCUUCAUGCCAUUUGCCUAUCCUGGUAUGACGCCGCCAAUUAUGCCACCUCUGGUGUCGACUCCGUCGACAUUUGUCCCUAGGAUGGUCCCUAUACAUCUGGUGAAUUUGACGGGGACUUUGAAUGAAGCAGCGCCCUCAAAUGUCCAUGAAAUCAAUGAGGCGGAGCAGGAGGCGGCCCGCAGGAAGAAGGGUAAGGCUAUAGCCGAACCCAGCAAGACUCGAGAUUCGGCAUUCAAACGCCUAGGGGGAAAAGAGGAUGGACCCCGCAAAUCUGCCAAGCUACGUCUUGGUCCUGAGAUGGGCCGGACUAGCGCAAUGGAAAGACUUGGUGGGGGUCGUCACGCCCAAUCUCGUCGUUCUAGGGAAUCUGAGACGAUUCACCAAGACGAGGAGGAAGCAGAAAGCCAGCUGGGGGCGUCGGCAUACACCAGGCUCUCAUACGAUGAGGAUGACCUGGACAAGAUAGGAAGCGUAGCAAGAAAGCUACGUGCCCUGGAAGAAAAGGUGGACGAGAAGGCGGGAGCAAAGAAGCACACCCUGGGCAAAUCACCCUUUUCGGCCAGGGUACAUGCACAAAAAUUGAGGCGUAAGGUCAAGCUGGACGUGGAAAAAUUUACUGGAAAGGAGGAUCCAAACGUCCACCUUGACACCUUCCACAAUGCAGCACAGAUGGCCGGGUGCACUAAUGCUGAGGAAUGCCUGCUCUUCUUCUCAUCCUUGAGAGGGAGGCCAGUGGAAUGGUUUAACGGUCUUCCCCAUGGCAGGAUUGGGUCCUUUGAGAAACUUGCUGAAGUUUUCCGCAAGAAGUACCACGACAACUGCAUCAAGAGGAAGAAAUUUACCUACCUUAACACGGUAGGGCAGAGGGAGAAGGAGACCUUGACUCAAUUCUUAACCCGCUGGAGGGACGAGGUUGACAAGGUAGAAGAGAUGGAUGAUAAGACGGCCAUGUCUUUGUUGAUGAAUGCCUUCCGGUCAGGUGACCUAUACACUGAAUUCUGUAGGAGGCUGCCCUCCUCUUAUCAGGAAGCCUACAAUACGGAAUGGGAAUAUGCCGAGGCAGAAGUGUUGAACAAGAAUAAGCGGGAGCUGGAAGAAGGCUACACAAAGUCGAAAUCCGACAAGCCGAAGAAAGAUGAGCAGACAGGAGGGUCCAAACUAAAGGCUACAUAUGACGGAUCCAUCCACCAAAUAAGGGAUGAUAAGAAAGGAGAGCAACCCAAGAGACAAUGGACAAAGAAGUGGUGCACAUACCACCAAUCCGAUUCCCACAUUACGGCAGAUUACCGAAAUGUCAAGGCUGUGCUCAAGGAGAUGGCCUUGAAAGGGGAGCUUGGGGAAGGUUACGCGACGGGUAAUAAGAAGGACCCGAAAGCGAACAACUGGACCCGUCAUCAGGGAAAAGACCUGGGAAAGAGAAAAUCCGGGAAGGAUAACAACAAUCCGGAUAAAGAAUUCAUACGGAUGAUUGUCGGCGGCCCAGAAGGCGGGGACACUGCCUCCUAGCGGAAGAACUGGGCCAGGAGUUUGCACGUGGCGGUGGUUUCCCUGGAGUCACAUGGGAAGCAGGCAAGGAGGGAACCAAUCACUUUCACUGAUAGGGAUCUUCCCAGGACGGGGGGAGAUCAUAAUGACCCUUUGGUUAUUACAAUGGAUAUCAAUGGAGCAGACGUGGCCAGGGUCCUGGUUGACACAGGAAGCAGUGUCAAUGUUCUAUACUUGGAUGCUUUCAAGAAAUUGAAGCUGGACAG